GUCAGUUGCGCGGUGGUCGCCGUAGCGAGUGUUAUGGUUUGGAGUGUCGUGCUCUACGGAUAUUCUAUUCUCUUCUCUUGCUCUCGUCCUUAAUAUCCGGGAAACUCGUGCGAAUUUAUUUUGAUCGUAAGAGCGAUGGAAACUCGGUGAGAAAGGAUCGCAAUUUCAAACCGUGUCGAUUACGUUGCUUAUUGGAAACGGUGCGAUGCACGCGCGUUGGCAAUGGGACAUUUCGCGAACGGAAUAGGAAACAUAAAAUUUCACCGGAACUCUAGGUUAGUGUCGGAUAAUUCGUCGAGCAAAAGUAUGAACAGGGAGGCGGUGAACGUUGUCGAUCCCCCGAUGACUAAGCAACGUAAACAAGUAUCAUUUUGACAAGAGGAGAGAAAACGAAACGCGCGAACUGAAUUCACUAAGCGUCACGACGUUUGUACGUAAUCAUCUCGAGGAUUCAUUCAGUCGGUAAUACGAUACUUUCAGUCAAACCGGUCGAGUAUCUCGGCUCGAAAUGUUUGAAACGCGGACGAUUUGCCGGUCGGGUGAAGUGUGAUUCUUUAAGUGUAGACUACUUGAAAACACUCAGUGAAACGCGAUAAUAUUGUGCCUCUUCUGCUCGAUUAAAAGGACCGUAUACAGAAGACGAGGCAGACGAGUUCGACGAGUGGUCGUGUUCCGGAAUUCUUAACAACAAACAUUCGAGUCAUUAAGACUACUCACGAUCGAGGAUCAACGAUCGGCGUCGAGAGGCAGCGCCACACAUGCGAGUCAUUCGUAGUAAAUACUGGAGGGCGUACAGAAGCGACCACAACGUGCGUUAAUAAGAGCGGUGGGAGGCGUGUGAUGACCGGGAGGAGACAGAGGAGCGGAAAUACGGGAAGGCAACGGGUUCGCUAAAGAUGCGUGGGCUUGCCGGUCCGCAAGGGCUGAGGAGAUCGGUCUCGCUGUCGUUGGUUUACUACUACUGUCUUCUGGUCCCGGUAUACCACGUGCUCGCCGUGACCAGCGAGCUACCACCCAGGCUCGAUCUGCCCGAGCAUUGUUCCUGGGAGUCGAGACAGGAUGGCGCGGUCACUUGCGUGCAUCGUUACGUCGGCAACGAUUCGCUCAGAACGAACUUUUCUCAAGCUACCAGCGAGUACGUGACCACGGUGAACGUGGUCUGCGAGGAAUCCGAGUCACUGGGAAACGGUGUCCUGAACGUCGACGGGUUCGUACAGUUAUGGAGAUUGCGAUCACUCAGGUUGACUGGAUGCAAGCUGGUACACUGGCCGGCCAAAGUUCUCAGCGGUCUCCGAGAUCUUCGCAAUCUGACGAUCAGAAGCUUGAACGGGCGGAAGAGCAAUUACAGUUUGGAGCUGGAGAACGGCGCGUUCGAUUCGGUCCCGCAGAUCGAGAAGAUUGAUUUAUCGUGGAACAACAUCUGGCAGAUACCGGAACACUUGUUUUGCCCGCUGUCGAACUUGCUUACUCUGAACAUCUCCUGGAACAUGUUGAAGGACAUCGGUGAGCUUAGCUUCAGAGACAUCGAGACGGAGAAACAUCCGAGACGUCAACAGGAAUCCACACCGUCGCCGUAUCCAUGUUCCUUGGACGUGCAGUCGUUGGACGUGUCGAAUAAUCAAAUUUUGGUGCUGCCUGCUUACGGAUUUUCCUCGUUGAAGAGGCUACGAGUAUUGAACUUAUCCAGCAACGCGAUCUCCAUGGUAGCGGACGAGGCAUUGCACGGGCUUAGAUCGUUGGAGACGUUCGAUUUAUCGAGCAACAGAAUCGUCGCGUUGCCGACGGAAAUGUUUCGUGACUCGGCGAAAUCUUUGAAGGAGUUACGAUUGCAGAAUAACUCGAUCAGCGUACUGUCGCCGGGCCUGAUCGCCGACAUGAAUCAGCUGGUAGCGUUGGAUCUGUCGAGGAACGCGUUGACCAGCUCGUGGCUAAACUCCGCUACGUUCUCCGGAUUGAUUCGGCUGGUCCUCUUGAAUCUGUCCCAUAAUCGAAUCAGUCGGUUGGACCCGGCCCUCUUCAAAGACCUUUACACCCUGCAGAUAUUGAAUUUGCAGUACAACGAGAUCGAGACGAUACCGGCGGACACGUUCGCGCCGAUGAGUAAUCUGCACACGCUAGAUCUAGCGUACAAUCGAUUAACUUACCUGGACGCUUACUCUCUGAACGGGCUGUUCGCACUUUCCCUGCUGUCGCUCGAUUCUAAUCAACUCGAAGGUAUUCACCCGGAUGCCUUUCGAAAUUGCUCCAGUAUGCAGGACCUGAAUCUGUCCGGGAACAGUCUGGACAGCAUACCGGUCGCAUUGAAGGACAUGAGAAUGCUCCGUACCCUGGACCUUGGUGAGAAUCAAAUCAGAACCUUGAACAGGCCGGGUUUUCGUGGAAUGUCCAGUCUCUACGGAUUACGAAUGAUCGAGAACGAGAUCACGAACGUCACCGUCGAGGAUUUCGCCGAGCUGCCAGCAUUGCAGAUCCUGAAUUUGGCCAGGAACAAGAUCGAAACGGUGGAGGACGGAGUGUUUUCCGCGAACCCGGCUUUACAGGCGAUUCGUUUGGACUCGAAUUUGUUGCAGGACAUGUCCGGUAUGUUCGCGAGCGCGCCCGGUCUCCUAUGGUUGAACAUGUCCGACAACAUGAUCGCGCAGUUCGAUUACGGUUACUUGCCGGAGAAAUUGCAGUGGAUGGAUCUGCAUAAAAAUCUUAUUAUGGAUCUCGGCGUCGCGCCACAGGGAAUGAGAUUACAGACGCUCGACGUGUCGUUCAACCAGCUAACGAGGAUACACUCGAGGUCGAUACCGGAUUCCAUCGAGCUACUGUUCGUCAACGAUAAUCUGAUACAAACGGUCGAACCGCAAACGUUUUUCGACAAGAAGAAUCUGACCAGGGUCGAUCUUUACGCGAAUCAGAUAGUCAAGAUGAAUCUGUCCGCGCUUCAGUUGACACCGGUCCCAGCUUACCGACAAUUGCCCGAGUUUUAUAUAGGAGGCAAUCCGUUCAUAUGCGACUGCACCACCGAGUGGUUGCAACGAAUCAAUUCGCUGUCGCUGAGGCAACACCCGAGGGUAAUGGAUCUCGAGUCGGUUUAUUGCCGGCUUCCCUACGAUCGACACAAAUCUUACAUACCGUUGCUCGAGGCUAAACCGUCUCAAUUUCUCUGCACGUACAAGGCUCACUGUUUCGCGCUCUGUCAUUGUUGCGACUUCGACGCGUGCGACUGCGAGAUGACCUGCCCGACCAACUGUACUUGCUAUCACGAUCAAUCCUGGUCGGCGAACGUGGUGGAUUGCUCGAACUCCGGCUACAAAACGCUACCCGGUCGAUUGCCGAUGGACGCCACCGAGGUUUACCUCGAUGGAAACAAUUUCGGGGAAUUGAAUUCCCACUCGUUCAUCGGCCGGAAGAACCUGCAGAUCCUGUACGCGAACGAUAGCAACAUCAUCGCUAUACGGAAUCACACUUUCAGCGGUUUGAAGCGUCUGUUGGUCCUUCAUCUGGAGAACAACAAGAUAAGCGUGCUCAACGGUGUAGAAUUGAUGCCGUUGGAGAACCUGAAGGAGCUCUACCUACAAAACAAUCUACUGACUUAUAUAGAUAACCAAACGUUUCUUCCGCUACGUCAGCUGGAAGUGUUACGGCUGGAGAACAAUCGGCUCGGCACUUUCGCCGUUUGGCAACUCGGACAGAAUCCUUAUCUGGUUGACAUCGGUUUGUCGAGCAACCCAUGGAGCUGCGAGUGCUCUUACUUGGAUCGUGUGCGCGAGUGGAUGUCCCGUAACCGAGCAAAGAUCAGCGACUGGCGUAGCGUCACCUGUUCCCUCGGCGUGCCUAUUACUCUUCCGACCAACGGAUCGGUCAUAAAUUGCGCCGCGUUAACCGGCACGACCUCGGUCAUCGAGAGCCGACCGCUCGAGGCUUAUCUGCCGCUACUGCUCGCCACCGCGGUGCUGAUUUUUGCUAUGGUCGCGCUGGUGUGCGGCGCCUUCAGGCAUCGUCGUACGCUCAGGACAUGGGCAGCGAGCAGAUGCGGUUUGAGAGCUUGCUACAAAACUGCCGCGUUCGAGGAUCAGGAGAAACCCUUCGACGCAUACAUCUCCUAUUCGGCUGUCGACGAAGCGUUCGUAUCGACGAUCCUGGUACCAGGUCUGGAGACCUCGUAUCGUUUGUGUUUGCACUACCGGGACCUGGGCGCCGGUAGCAACGUUGCGGAUGCAGUGGCCGAGGCUGCCGAUUCCUCGAGGCGCACCAUCCUCGUACUGUCGAAGAACUUUCUGCACGGCGAGUGGGCCAGGUUCGAGUUUAAAGCGGCGCUUAGGGACGCUCUGAAAGGGAAGGGCCGUUCGGUGAUCCUGCUGCUGGUAGGCGGUGUGUGUCCACGGGAUCUCGACGCCGAUCUCAAAAAGAGAAUCUCCUCGCACACCGUGCUGGUGUGGGGGGACAAGUUGUUUUGGCAGAAGCUAAGGUUCGCCAUGCCAGACGUGUCCCCUGUUCCUGUUUUGGAGAGACCCCUGCCAUUGCCGCCGCCGCCUCCGCCCCCGGCGCAGCAUCAAUGGACGUAGAACUGCCAUUAUUUAGAUGUGAACUGUUGCCAGAAGUAUUAUCGAUUCGCAUUACGCAUGAAGUAAUUGAAAAUCGCAGUGGGCAAAGGAUUCCCGACUGUUGCGCGACGUUUCUCUCUACUUAUUAUCAAGAAGUAUUUCUUACUAUCGCAAUUGUACUCCGUAACACGGUGUUCUCACCUAAAGUAAACGGUUUAUUCGUAUUUUUGAGACUCGUGAUAGCUUCGUAGUGUGCAAAUGUAAUUAGGGCGAUGAACAGCGAUAAACAAACCAAAACAAGAACAAAAACAACAGGAAUAAAUGAGAGCGAAGAAAACGAAAAAAAGUAAAAAAAAACUCACGAAAAAAAAGCAGAAGAAAAAGAAGAAGAAUGAUGAUUAAAUGAAAACCACAUACACAACACAAACACACACAGAGAGCAUACUACCUUUAAUUAACUCGUAAUUGCAACGAAGUAAACAAGUUUUUUCUCUUUCUACUCGAACUCGAAUAGUUUAUUAAAUCCGAUCGAUCGAAUAAUUGUAAGAAUACCUAUCGAUCGAUCGAUUCGGUGAACCUAGAGGGGGUCUAGCGUGUCUCCUCCGAUGAGCGUUCUCUUGUUUCUCGUCGAGCAGGAGAUUUUCAUUGUACAUAGCGAGAGUUUUGUAUAUUUGUAAUAUAGAUAGGGCAUUUUAUUAUAAACAAUAAAGUUAUUUAUAUAUAUUUUAAUCACAA